AUGGAUUUCCUCCGGCUACAUCUCCCUGGGCUGCAUCAGGCCUUGAGGGGGGCACUGGAGUCUUUCAGCACCUUUGUCUCCUACCUUAUGGGAGAUGAUGUCCCCACUGCAGAGAGGAGGGAGGCGUGUGCAGCUGAGGAACUGGGGGAGGUGGCUACAAGAAGCCUUGGGGGGAAGGUAGAGGAGGAAGCCCAGGAGGCCGUGGAGGGCCUUGGAGGCAGCCAAAGCAAGGGGGAUGGAGGGCUGAGAGGGCCUGGAGAGGCUGGAAGAUGCCAGGAGGAAAGCUCAGCUACAGAACAGACCUGGGGUGGGGGACAAGGCAGCUCCCAUGGGUCUCAAGCAGAUAGGCAGGACACUGGGGCCUGGGAGGCAGCCACGGCCACUAGAUGCCAGCAUUCAAGUAUCCCCCUGGGGCCCAGAAGGAAAUCUGAGGCAGGGUCUGAGGCUGGUCGAGACAGGAGUAGCCAAGCCCAGGAGAGUCAGCAGCCCGAUGAGCAGGAAGUGAAGAGAGAGGAGACACUGAGAACCUGGGAACGGGAGGAGGAGGAGGAAGAGGUCAGGGCAACAGAGCCAGGGGUGGCUGGAGGGGCGGAGUCAGAGGGGACCUGGCACAAGGAGCUUGAGCGGACGGCGAGUGUUGAUGGGCAAAAGGUGGCAGAGGACAGAGAGGAGUCAGAGCAGGGGGUUGAUGAGACAGCUGCAGAGGAGAGCCAGGGGCCUGGGGCCAAAGGGGCCGGGAGGGAAGAAGAGGUGGUAGUGGUAAGGGGUGGCCAAAGCACAAGGGCACAGGGGACACAGGAGCCAGGGGCAGAACCUGAGGACAGGAAAACCUCAGGCAGGGAGGAGGCUGACCUCCCAGGGGUUGGGGAGACUGAACAUGGGGCAGUCCCAGGAGAAAGGACCCCAGAGGGUACUGGGAGAGUCUGGGCCCUAGAGGAGACCUCCAAGGGAGGCCAGGAGGAGGAGGUGGUAGAUGAGAAUAGAGAGGCUGAAGUGAGCCUCUUCCCCAAACAGACCCAGGCCCUGGGAACCGAGAGAGUGAAAGAAGCAGCCAAGGACCAGGCAGCAGGGAGGGAAGCUGAGGAAGGACAGGACUCAGAGGCGGAGGGAGGGGAGGGCUUUGAGGGCCGGGCAGAUCAGGCUGAGGGAGAGGCUGUGGAGAGGCAAGAUUCAGAGAUCAGGGCUGCUCAAACCAGUCUCAAGGAGGUGGUGCAGGCAGAGGAGGCCGAGCAACAGCAGAAGAGUUGCUGGGCUGCAGAGGCUGAGCUGCUCCAGGACAAAGCAGCAAAUGAGGUGGAAGGUGAUGUUGACUCGGAGGAAGCAGCUCAGGCCAGGGGAGAAGCCCUGGAGGUGGGGUGGGGCGGCCUUGAGCACAGGGUCACUGAAGGCCAAGAACCUGAGCUGGUGGGAGGCCCCCAGACCCCCACACAGCAACUCGAGGAAGGGCAGGCAUGUAAGGAAGAGCUCUGGAGCAUUCCAGCCCUGAGCAGAGAGGAGACAGAGAGGAGCCUGGAGGAAUAUCCCAGGAACGUGGGGUAUGUAGAACCUAACAGCUCUGUGGCAGAAGCCUGGGAAGACAGAAGAAGGGAUGUGGAGAGAGGGAACACCCAGGAGGAAAAAGCAGAUGCUGAAGAGGGGAAGGAGGAGGCUACAGGAGGCCAGGCACCGGUGGCGGAGGCUGAAGGAGGCCGAGAGUCUGCACGACCAGAGGUCCCAGAGGCAGGAGGGGAGUGGAUGAAAGUAAAGGAAGCCUGGCAUGGAGCAGAGGAUGGGGAGGCCCCUGGAGCAGAGAGCCAGGAGCUGGGUGGAAGGCAGGGAGCAGAAGCAGGGACCGUCCAGUCAUUGGGAGAGUCAGACGCCACAGAAACCAAGGAGGAGGAGGUGGAGGCCGGCGUGCCCUGGGGGGCAGACAGAACAUCCAGGAGAGGCUGGAGGCUGGAGGCAGAGGCUCUGAGUCUCCAGGACAGCAACGACAUGGAGACAAAUUCUUUGGCUACCGAGAUCGUGGAGGAUAAGGCAGCUCUGGAUGGAAGGGCUCCUGGGACUGGGGACAGGCCGGGCAGAGAGGCUGAGGAAGCAUUCGAGAGAGACUGGGAUUCAGAAGGGAGAGAGGAAGCCGACGGAGGUGAGGACCUGGUAGAGGCUGCAGAGGGGGAUAAUGCAGGUGGGCAGGAAUUUGGCCUGGAGGGCUCAGCAGAGGAGGAGGCGCCUGGCGGAGGUGGCCAAGCAGAGGCCUCUGAGGCCACUCGGGUGGGUGAGCCCGGGGGACAGCAGGCUGAGGUGGAGGAAUCCACAGUAGCAGAAGGAAGCUGGGGGAUGGAUGGCGUUACCUCGGGCUCCCAGGUGGUGAGGGUAGAGGGCCUCCCAGGAGGGCACACACUGUGGGAAGAGGCUGGAGGAUGGCAAGCGAAAGAGCAGGGGCAAAGCAGUGAGGGGCAGCACGGGGACAAGCACCCCGAGGGAGAGGCACAAAGGCCCCUUGUGGUGGAGGAUAUCGAGGUGACUGGAGACCAAAAGGCAGAGGCCGAGGAGAUUGAUCCAGAAGGCCUGGAGGACGUCCAGGGCCAAGAGGACCAGUCAACCAACCAGGACCCCCCAGAUGCUGAGCCUGGACCAUGCGGGGAGGCCACCGGGAGCGCCAGAGGGGAUGCUCACAGCAGCUGGAGUGAGGCCCUGCUCCCCGGGGCUCGCCUGGACGUCUCUGUCCCGAGGAGCCGAGCCCUCCUCUCCCGCAGCUCCUCACAGCGCCGCUCCCGGCCCUCUUUCCGACGGAACCCCGCCCCUGAGCAACCGCAGGAGCCUCCCAGCCCCCCACCGGAGGAAGAGCUCGUAGCCCCCCAACAGAGACUUCUCGAGCCAGAGCACGCCCCGGAGCCAAGCUCCUCCAGCCUUGAAGGGACUCCACUGCCACCCAGAAGGCCCCUGGGACAGAGGUUUGGCCUGGCACACCCUGGCAUGAUGCAGGAGCUGCAAGCCAGACUGGGCCAGCCAAAGCCCCAGUGA